UGGUGACUUGGCAUUGCCGUCUUGCCACUGAGGGCUGGCAGCUUAUAAACACAGCAUUAAGGGCCACAGCAUUUCAGAUUCACAGGCGGUUCAGAGAGCUACACACACCAGCAGCCUCUCAACAGCUACCUAAUGAAGCGCCCACGCAGCAACUUGGCCCAGCCUAUCAAAUGUUUUUUUAAUGACUGAAAGGCCAAAGUGGUGACGAGAGAGAGAGAGAGAGAGAGAGAGAGAGAGAGAGAGAGAGAACUUGUUUGGCAUUUCAAAGUUUGCAAAAGUGCUGAGAUGGAGCAAAGAGAUUCGAAAAUGCACCCAGCGGCCAGCCUUCUGAAAGAUCGUACAAUGUUUUGCCACAAUGAAAAGCCAACUGAUGCAGGGCAAUGCCAUCUUUCAAGAAGUCGGUCUUGGCGGCGGAGGCGGUCAAAUAGUUUCACCAUCUGCACCUUACCAAGCAUCCCAGAAUAUCCAGGCUUCCAGGAUGUUAAGGUAGGUAUCGAGAGUUGUUUCUGCAAGAAUGUGCAAGCUUUACACAGCAAUCCCUUGUUGUCACUCUAUAAAAGAGGGGACUUGGGAGAUCAUUGAGAGUUUGUGCAAAAAGUUUCUUCGGUAUUAAAUCAGUUUUGAUACAAUUAAUAGUGUUGAUCAGCUGUUUUCAUUUUCUUCAUCGCCCAGAGAACAUUGCUGUAGACUCACAAAUAUAAUUCAUUAAACACGUAGCCAAUCCUAUUAUAGUGGUGGCCAUUCUGGGAACACCAAGACUGCAAUUUUGUUAGUUAACUAGUAUGCAAUAUAUAAAUACUAAUCACAGAUGACUUUAUUGGUAGUUGAUGGGGAACGUAUCUAGGGCAGUGCUUGGUAAUGAUCGUCUGGUCAACCAAAGGCAAAGGAGAGAAUGAGUAGCUGUCUAAAGCCCCCACAUUGUGCUAUUCUUUGUCCUGGAAUUGAGAGGAAGAUCGUGAAAAAAGUUAGGAAGCGGCUUUUCACGAGGAAGCACCAUUUAAUGACUGAACUCCCACUAGAGCCCUUUUGAGACAAAUAAUCCAUGGUGCAUAACUCCAUAUGGGGCAGGUUGGGGAGUGGAAGCCUGUUCAUGUGGCAGGCCCUACAUUCAUCAUGCACAGGCUCAGUAGACUGCAUGAAUAAAAUGGUGAAGUCUAAUUGGGAAGCCUAGUUACUGUUGCUGUGCCACUUUUGGGUCCUGAGACAAAGCGGCACUUUCUAGGUGUGGGAUGUAUGCACUGCCUGAAUGGUUUGCCACAUGACCAAAGAGCAAUUCGGCACACACAUUGCAGCAGUUAUUUCUGCUGUGGGUUGAGAUCAGCAAGCUGGAAUCUGAUUUGCACUCAGAUGAAUUAUGCAGGUGAUUAGCACAAUCUGGACUAAAAAGACCCCCCAAAAAGAAAGAAAAAUAUUCACCCUGCUCUACACCGAAGGACAAUGUGAAUCAACUCUCACAGACAUUCUGAUUAGGGGUAUAUUUUGAUUGCUUCUGCUUUACUUUAAAGUGGCUUCUUCAAAGAGCCGCAAUCAAGGAAUUCCUGCGUAGAUGUUGCUUAAAUGUGAAUAUAGAUAACAAAUCUGGGAUACUUCCCAUCACCACCAUUGAAUACUAUUUUAAAAGAAAAAGGAUGAAGGCUUUACUGUUGCUGUAUAUGCCGUGUGCAUUUUAUUUUCAUUUCAUUUUUAUUCUGAAGAUUUAUAUGUUGUGCAACCCAUUUACUAGUGUCACUGGCUAGCCUUGGUGGUUAAGAAAAACCACAUUACCCGUUUUAUAUGAUAUUUUUCCUUGAGAAGGAAAUAAUCAAUCACAGGUGGCUUAAAAUUGUCUCAACCCAUUUACGAGUGUAACCAGCUAGCCUUGGUUUUUGAAAAACAUGAUCCGUUUUGUGUGACUGCUCCUUGAGAAGGAAAUAAUCAAUCUCGGGUUAAAAUUGGCUAUGUCGCAGUUAUUGUCCUUAUGUUAUCCAAUAUUUAGGGUGACUCAUCUGCCACUACACAUUUUGAUGACUCUCUAAAGAGCCAAAUGCUGUAUAUCUGUAGUGGAAGGCAGCACAACAAUAUAAGAAACUGGAAGAAUAGAGGCGUACCAUAAUAGGCCUGCGACUGCAAAUACCUUGGGAUAUUUUGGAGCUCUUUUAAUAUUUAUUUAAUAUUAUUUAAUAUUUAAUAUAAAAGCUCUUUUAAUAUGAGUUUUGGCUGUAGUCUUUGAAGGAGUAAGCUGCUUAUACUAAAACAAGCAAAACACCUAAAUACAUACAUACAGAUAUCUGUUCAAGCUGGCCUUUAAAGAGUAUUUUGACAGAAAGGUUAGCUACUACUAGCUUAGUUCAUGCACAGCAUAAAUCCUAAACACAUUUACUGAAAAGCAGUAAAUAUAUUUGGCUGUACACCUGAGCACUUUUAAGUGUACACCUAAAAAUUUAAAAUGUGAGUACAACAGACACAUUCUUUUCAAAUAUGAGUAAACAGAUUCUUCAAAUAGCCAAGACUGGCUGUCAGCUAUAGACAUGGAUUUUCUGCCUUGUGCAUUGAUUUAAAGAUUUUUACCCUGCUUUUUAGUCAAAACAGCUCCCAGAGUGUUUUGCAAGGCCACUAGGAACACAGUUCCUUCCUGUGGGGCUACUGUAUAAAAUACAUCAUGGCACACAAGGAAAAAAGUAUGGGAAAGGAGGAGGGUGGAAAACAUGUCCAGGAACCUUAUAACAACCAUCUAGGAUGGAAACAGUCCAGAUAGUCUACAGAAUGGCAGCUGCUGAGUGACUUUUGAGGGAGGGAUAAAGCUGCCUGGUUUCUCAGCAGCGGUGAUAGAAUAGCCCUCUUUCACCUUCCCUCCCACCCCCCACAAUACUGGCAGAAAGUUAGCAAGUACACAGCUGGUAGCUUGGAGAAUAUGCAAAACAAUAUUUAUAUAUUCAAUAUAAUCACAUCAAAAUGUAAAUCAGCUAUUCUGAUCAAUGCCAGCUUUUCUUUUUACUGAGUCGGAAUACAUUCUUUGUUUUGCUAUUUUUAACUUCAAGUAUCAGUGUAAUUAGUUUCCAAGGCAGCAAGCACCUUAGCAAUACAGAAUCAGAAAAAUAACGCACUUUAUGCGCUUUUAUAAUAUUAGAUGGUAAUAAAUGCCAUAGAAGUCCUUGAAUCUCAAGGUAGCUACCUUAGUUACAAUAACAUUCAACUGUUAGCUAAACUAGAAUUUAUUUUUCUAGGGGAGAGGAGGGGGGCGGAAUAUCUGGAUGUCUUCAAGUAGGCAUGUCUGCAUUCCUUUAAAAUAACAAAUGAGAUUAAGUCUGCAGCAAAGUGCUUAAAUUCCAGUAGUUCAAUGGCAUUCAAGGGAGGCUACUUUCCUCUGGAUUACGCUCUUUGUCUUUCAGUGAAAUUUUGCAACUCUUUGGUCACAAUUCAGCUAAAACUGACCAUGUUGAAGUCCAGUUUACGUCAAUGGGAGAGUUAAGCCUGUGCUCACAUUUUACUGAGCCAUAUGCUUUGUGUUGAUAACAAACUUACAGUACUGUGUUUAUUUAUGUCAUUGCCAAUAGGGAUGGGGUAAGAAAUCCUGAGCCCUCUUCCCCUCCCCGCUUAUUCGCCCAAACACUUCUGUUUGCACUGAUUGGCACACAAAGGUGCACACACACACACACACCAGUUAUGGCAAGUAUACAUAUACCGUAUUUUUCGCUCUAUAACACGCACCCGACCAUAACACGCAUGUAGUUUUUAGAGGAGGAAAACAAGAAAACAAAUAUUCUAAAUGAAACAGUGGAUGUAUGAUUUUUGUGGUUCAUGCUGUGGCCACAGACAUGUGAUCUGACAGUGAGUUUGGAGUAGCCCAAUGCAAAAAUCCUGAGGAUCCAUGUGGAUCCAUGCUUUGUAACCACGUUUUAAGUGGGGAGGGAAGGAAAAGCACUCAAGGGAAGAAGGAACACGCGUGGGGUGGGUGGAGAAGGAUGCUGCUAAUAAUGAAGAAGAGGGGUAUAAGGGGAGAAGGCUCCCCUCCUCUCCCACUUUGCUCCUUUAAAGCAAGCAGGCUCGCUGUCCCUCUCUCCUCCCCACUCAGUGGCUCUUCUCCUGCUUUGCUGUUUCAAAGCGAGCCACGGAGGAGGGAAGGAAGGGGAACCAUGGAUCCUCUGCUCACGACUGCAGCAGAUCCCCCCCGCCACCCGUAGGCAUUCCCUCCAUAACACGCACAGACAUUUCCCCUUACUUUCUAGGAGGAAAAAAGUGAGUGUUAUGGUGCAAAAAAUACGGUAAAUCAUGUUGGAAGUGACCGUUUUUAUGAUCCCACUGACAAAUAAUACCCAAGGCCAGCAUCAGAGAUUGGCAGUGUUGGGCAGCUGCCAAGGCCCACGUCUAAGCUGGGGAGCCAAUGGCAAUGUCCAGAGCCACAGGCCCAACUGCUUCCCUUCCUUGCUGUUGCAAGAAAGUGAGAAGAGAUCUGCUGGAUCAGACCAAAAUAUCCUGUCUCCCAUAGUGGGAAGCCUGUAAGCAGAACAUAAACGUAAUGGCCCUUUCCCACCAUUUUACGCCAACAACCGUUUGUCAAAGGCACGUUGCCUCUGACCCCAGUCUUGUUGACUUCAUUUGUAAAUCCAUGCAUUGCGUAAGUUGUCCCAUGUGGGUUGGUAGGUUGGUCUGCCUGACUGGAAUGACUCAAAGUUGGCAGGUGAGACUGUUGAGGGUGGAUUGGUGGGAGUCUGUUUGUUAAGGAUAAAAUUCAAUUAGCAACACAAUGCCCUUCUUAACUCACACUUCUUCCUUUUCUUCCAAAACAGAAUAAUUAUUCCAGAGGUUCCAACUCUUGCUUCACACUGCUGGAUCUGGGAAGAACAAAAUUUGAAAACCCACCAAACAGAAGCUCUGAGGGUCAAGCCAGAAACCUGGGUAACUCGGCAGUCCACUUCGCUAAAGGGCACAGUAAAACCAAAAGCAGUGUUUGUGACCAAUCUUUGCAAGAUUAUUUCAGUGAGAGACUUCUGAAGCUUAGAAACUAUGAAACAAAAACGUCAAACGGGAAGGUAAAAGUCUAUCUUAAUGAGAACCAGAAUCCCAGCUACACCAGCAAGGGACUAAGGCGGAGAAGCACCUGUAGUGCCAUGAUACAGGCGAACCACAUGAAAUUGACAGAAAAAUCCUGUGAGUCAGUGGAUCCAGUCAAUGAAUACAUAGCAAUUUGCAGCAACGACCACAGCAACACUCAGAAUAUUGAAGAUUGCUCUCAGAGAAGGAGCUAUUUAGAAAGUUUGACUUUGAGCAUCAAUGGUCCCCUAGAAAUGCUUGUGCGAAGGACAUAAUUUUGGAACAUUCAAGCAGAUAUUAUAAUGAACAAUUUCCCACUACCUUUCAAUAAAGGCAUGAUGACAUUUCUUAUGCUACAUGAUAGAUAAAUUAUUUGGACCUUGAGACAAUUGUACAGUUUCCCAUGAUCAGGUGGGAAUAUUUAAAUUGCAGUCUGGAAUAGUAUAUAUAGGAUCGGCUCAAAACUUAGUCAUGCUUAGCAUAAGCCCAAUGAAGUCAUUCUUUUUCACUGCAUCUGCUCUACGCAUGACUAACCAAGUUAACUAAAAAAUAAGUCCUAUUGAAUUCAAUGGGGCUUAUUCCCAGAUAAGAAGGGUUAGGAUUGUUAUGUGCAGCAUUUAUGUGACAGAAGCAUCAAGUUUUUCCUUGGCAGAUGUCAAGGUGAAGAGUGUAUUUUAAAGAUAUGAAGUUACCACUUGUUGAAAUCAAGUCAUUUAUAUUACUUAUUUAAAACAUUUGUAUGCCACCUUUAGUUUGCCAAUAUCCCAAAAUAUUUUUGUGUGUCAGCAGCACUGUAGAAUUGAGAUGGUGGUGGUAAUGAUAUUACACACAUGAGAUAUUGUAUGUUUGGUUUAGAUAAUAAAUUUAUUGUGUCGCUAA